AUGACUUCUACACCGCGCUUGCCACCCUCUAUCUUGACAAUGAUCGUUGCAGAGCUCGCUACUGAGAGAGACGAGCAUAUAGAUGCCUCCCUGAAGGCUGAGCCUAACUCCAGCUUGCAGUCAAGUAACUGGAUCGACAUGCACCGUCAACCCUCCAUUGAGUGGACUCGACUGUUCUCUGACCUCCGCCUUGUGUCCCGGACAUUCAAUGAGGUAGUCACCCCUGCUGCGUAUGAAAUCAUGAAUAUAUCCGACGCAUACAUGGAUGAUAACUCAAGCAAAUGGAUUAAGAAAAAUAUUGCGUCCUCCAGCCGCAUUCUGCAACUUCCCCAUGAACCGGAGAUUCUGUACCGACAGCAGACUCUUGGCUUGCUAUCUCAAUGCAAGAAACUCAAGCAUAUACAAUGGAGGGCUGCAGAUACCUCUCUGGGACUUUGGGGCUCAGAACCACCAAAGACGUCUUAUCUCCAGUCCCAGGAGCUCGCAUCAGAUUAUCUCGAGAUUUUCUUGCAAGUCACACCCGAGGCAAAAGCAUAUCGAUUCGGUCUAUCUGAAGAGUGGUUAGUGAUUUCCGAUCUUGGUACCAUGAGCGAAAGCCUUGAUAGAGUAUAUCGAGAAUUUGUGUCGGACUUUUCUGAAGACGAGGCUUCCGAAAUUCUGGACCAUUUUUUUUAUUCGAAAGAAAUUCACAUGUCUCCUGUCUCUACAGACUUCCCGGCCCGUGUCCUUGACCUUCUAUUUCUGGUCGGAGAACACAAGUAUCCAACAGGCUAUGGAGCGUCCGAAGUCAUAUUUCCACCAACGCGGACUCUUAUCGUCAAAUGCGGUGGGCUAUCAUCGCAAUUUGAUUUUAUAAAAUCGGUGGAUUUCGCAGAACUUCGAACCCUUAUUCUUGUGUUGAACUUUACAAUGCCACUAGUUAAUAUCCGGGACUGGGAUCUCUACGGGCGGAAGAAGGUCUUGGGAAAGCUCCUCGUCACAAUGACCAAGCUUGAGAGACUGGCUAUCACGUUCGUUAAGAACCAGUACAAGAUGGCCCCUUUAGAUGGCAUUGCAGGCCUUGGUGCGACAUUGCGCAAGCUUUCAAUUCGAAGCCGUGGACGAUGUGAUCGACAGCAACCCAAUGUUCAGGAUUUGGUUGCAAUUCUAACGGCCUGUCCUAAAAUCACAGAUUUGACGAUGGAUCUUUACCUUGAAGAAUCUACCGACUGUGCGAAGCUUUUACAGCAGCUUCCAUGCUUUCACCAGUUGCAGAUUCUCAUCCUUCAUUCCUCGAUAUGGCCGAAAUCUUGCACAAGCCGACUGGACUACGAUUUCAAUACGGCUGAAGGAAUAAUGAAAACACUCCACGAGGAAAAGCAAGGUGUCCCCUUCACCAUGAUUACCAUUAAACUCAAAGAAUCUUCCUCUAACGACGGGAAAACCCGUACUUUCCACUCUUCGAUGACUCCUGUGGGGGUUUAUCGGCAAUGGGGAAGCAAAGAGAUAUUUGAAGAGGGCUUCGAGGACUCGGAUGAUGAGGAGUUGGUGGCAAGUGGUUCUGGAGCCAAAUAA